GUUUCAUUCAAUGGCUGGCAUGACAGCCAUAUCGGGGAAAUCCUCCUACCACCCUCUUCCCUUGUCGCAGCGAAAUUCGCUUUAUUGUAACCAUAUCCCGCGCUGGAAUGUGCUUGCGUCCGCUUCUUUCCCGCUCGCAAUCCAAAUACCUUGCGAACUAAGGAGUGGUUUGAUGCCACGACUCGGCUGAAUCUCGCCCCUCACCGUCGCAUUCGCGCAUGAUAUAGCCGGAGGAUGCACACUUCUUAUCACGAUGCCUCCCACUCCCUCACCACCGAGACUUGAGGAGUGCUCCUCUACAGAUGAAUCCUACGAUAUGACUGAAGCCAAAGACUUUGCACGGUCAAAGAGCCCACAGUACCUCCAAGUUCCCAAGACUCGCGGAGUCACCUUCCACAACAUCGCAGAUUUCCAGAACGCCUCUACCAUUGAUCCUCCUGAGAACAUGCUGGCAGAGACAUUUGCACCCGUGCCUUUCAACAGAAGACCUCGGUCUAUGUCGCAUCAUCUGUCCAGCAAAGAAAUCCCAUCACGAAAGGGCCUCAAAUUAAGAGCUCGGUUUUGGCGGUCUCUUAUGACACUAGCGAUGCAUUUCCACGAUUUCGCUCCUCCCCGAGCACCGAGACCGUCCUUCAAGCACAAGAUACCGACCGACAGUAUCCCCAUUGAACUAUAUUUCUACCUUCCACCACGAUACCAAGAGAUACUCAAUCGUGAGCCAGACUUCCGGUUCCCCGCCGUCAUCAACUUCCACGGCGGCGGGUUCUGCUUGGGUGACGCGCGAGACGAUCGCUAUUGGGCAAGAGUCGUUAUGGAAUACACGAAUGCGAUCUUCGUCAGCGUCAACUACCGCCUCGCACCCGAACACCCUUUCCCCGUCCCCGUGGACGACUGCGUCGAAUCCAUUCUGUACGUCUCGGAGCACGCAGCGGAGCUCCAUAUCGACCAGACCAACCUCGCCCUGUCAGGUUUCUCCGCAGGGGCAAACCUAGCCUUCUCAGCUCCGUUCAGACUGAACUAUCAUCGCAAUCUCAGUGCCACGACGGAUGGCCGAUAUUCUCGGCCGACGACAGCGCAAACAGUGAGUACGAUAGGCAGUACGCUGCACGAUGAGAGUGACACCGAAGCCAAUGACCAUGACCUGCACUAUCACGAAACCCACAACUUCGUCACGCCCGUGCAAUCGACCUCGAAUCUCGUCCAACAACGCACCACCACCCCCCUCCAGAUCCGCAGCAUAGUGGCCUGGUACCCUCUUCUCGACUGGACCAUGUCCCGGUCGCGCAAGAUCCGCGAAUCUCGGAACCCCAAAAAAUGUCUGCCCAAGACCUUCACCGACCUCUUCGACUUCUCGUACCUACCCCCACCGGACAUGGCCGGCGAUCACUGCAGUCCCUACGCCUCGCCGGGCCUCGCGCACGACCACAUGAUCCACGAGGGUCUACCGCAAGACAUCCAAAUGUGGCUGUGCGAGUGGGACAUGCUCUUGCGAGAAGGGCAGGUUUUUGCCGAACGUCUCGAAAAGCUCGGCAAGAGCAUCGACAGCAAGCUCAUCCCUCGCGUGCCGCACGCCUGGGACAAGUCGCCCAAUCCGUUCCGAGACCAGAAGGCCAUCGACUUCCUCUACACCAAGUCGGCCAUGAACUUGAACAAGGUUUUCCAGAACAAGGACGGUCUUGGUCCUGGAAACUCCAUGAGCUCGUUGCAUCCCACGGACAGUAUCAUUGAGAGACAGCCGAGGAGGAGCAUCGUCCUACCUCUGUAGAACCAUUCCUCUCUCCUCGCUCCCUCGGCCUUUGAGAAACCGACAGGAACCAUCACCGCCCACUCAGUGGCUGCUGGUGUAUCGAAGUCCCUGUCCAUUCCGCGAGCUGAACUGCCUUGUUGUCGUCUUCGUUCAGAGCCAUCGACUUUUUCCACAAUCUGCAGCGUUUCAGCUUGCGCCAACAUCAAACAUGAGCAUUUUCUAGCGUCGGAGUUUUGGAGUGGGGGCCUCUCAUUUUUGCGAUUCGUUCAUGUUCCGAAAGACCAUCCUUUUGUCAUUCUUCUUCGACUUUUUUUGCUCUAUCUCCGAUUCAGAAUCUUUUUUCUGGCCAACUCUGAACUCACACUGUGGCACUGUCACUUUGUUCAGGACGGACGCUUUCAAGAAUCAUGGACGGGAGUCACUGGAUCUUGAGAUUGGAUAGGUUGUACGUCUUUUUGGGGGGGGGGAGGCUGGGGGAAGACUUGUCUUUUUUCAAAAAACUACACGUCACCCAGUCAUGUCGUUAUGAGAAAUAUGUUUAUAGUAUCAGGGGGGAUGAUAUCCCCUAACAACAAAGAAGAACAAAGAAGCCAUGUCACACACAUCGUCUGCUUUUUUUGAUUUCAAUCAACUAUUUACUCUUUCUGGCUCCCUUGUUCUCUUGCCCAAUCUGGGAAAAUAUCAGACAUGGAUGGCAAUUUGUUUGUCCACCCGCCCUUUUAACCCCUCCUUGUUGCCUUCUGGAGACCCUGGCCGACAACAAACCGGGUUUUUCGUACAUACAUGGGCAUGGAUACCUUUGCAAAAUUCGAGAACUGGUCACAAAACACCCAAGUCGCCGAAUUUCCUGGGCCUCGUAGCCUUGACACCGUUUAUUACACCCAAUUCAAUACCAUCGUCAUAACAUGACAGUGGACACGCCACCGCUGACCAGUCUCUAAUGUCCUGAAACCUAUCUAGGAACCAAAAAAAUACAAGGGCAAAUCUGGAAAAGAUAUUGCAAAAGUGGUACAAGCCAUCAGCAUAGUGAGAAAUCAAUUGGAUCUGGUACUCUCGAUUAAUCUAUCUCUAUCAUACUCAAUUCUAGAAUAUGCACAGCCCAGUUCCAUGAAGCUUCAUCAUACAAAUUAAGUUGUGUAAGGGUCCUUCUCUCUCUCGAUGAAAAAUGCAGUUUCAUGGCAGCCAUCAAAAGUCUCAGCAAACUGGGCAGUGUGCCAGCACGAGCCCAGACACCGGUGAUGCUUGUGCUGAUGACUUCAAUAGAUUCUAAUAUCUCUUGAAGACUGAGUGACGUGUUGGACUAGGCACGGCAGGGUAGAAUGGCU